ACAAGGAUAGGAACUGUUUUUCAACGGAAAUGAAAUAAAAACCACCGAGAGACAAUCAAAGCAGCCUGAACUCUAAUUCCUAGUGGUGUGUGGCUCUGUCGGCAGGCAAUCGACACAUUUGAUAAUUCCACCAGCUGCUCAGCGUCACAGUAGGCUGUGGGAAGCGGUGCCGAAGUGAUCGUGCAUUUCGUCUACUCCGGUGUCAGAGGGGUUUUGUGUUCUGUUUUUUUGCGGAUUCUAAAUAAAGUUCUCUGUUUGUACAAUCAACCAUCAUGCGUGGACAGUUUGUGUUGAGUGGAGCACAGUUUUCGUGAUAAAAGUGAACAGUGUCUGGGUGUCAUUAGAACUUGCCCUUGUGAACGAACGAUCGGUGUUUGUAUUUCCUGUUGAUGAAAUCCAGUGCAAUACCCGAUCCGUAGAGACCCAACCACGUAGGCGGCGAUAUUCUUCAUCCUUUUGUGUUAGUGUGUGUGCGCCGCGCGUGUGUGUGUUACUGUGUUACGCUUGAAAGAGCUUCUAUUGUUUUGUUUGAGGCGGAAGGAAAAAGUGUGACUGUCCCCGGUGUGUAUGUGUGUGUGAUUGUGUGUGGCCAGCCCUUCUCGCCCUUUGCAGCCGCCCAUCAAUGUGUCACAACACUGGUGGGGGACAAUACCAUGUGUUUGGCGGGCGACCCAUCCACUUCUGCGUAAGAUAAACCCACCACCCCCAGCGUGUGUGUGUGAGAGAGUGUGUGGUGUCCUUACGACGAGAACAGAGGUCGCGCGGGCACACGUGCUGCUCUCGAUAGGAAGCAAACCCCCCCCCCCCCCGGGCAAGAAAACGCUUUUUCCCGAGCGCGCGCGCAACGCCGAAACAAACUGUUGCGCCAGCGGUGUGUGUGUGUUUUUGUUUCCUUUCUCCGUUUUUUUGCGGGGAGGAAAGUGUAUGGUCCGCGUGUCUCACGGUGAUCGUGUUGUUUCACAGGACAAGAGCCAACCGGGGUCGGAAGAAAACUUUGUGUGCGUGUGACUGUUUUUUUUUGUUUGUUUGCUGCUUCUCUGUGAGUUGUUGGUGAAGUAGUUUGAAGAGAAGAGCUUGGAGCUGGUACAACAUUACAAGCCUAGUAGUUGCAGUAGUUGUGUGCACAUGUGUGCGGCUUUUCGUGUGCAUCGCUGUGAAAACAAGAGCCCCGUGACAGGCGUGACAGCUGUUUGUGGUUGUGUGUAUGUGUAUGUGUGACUGUGUGGCCAGAAGAAACGAAGCACAAGCCUACUGAGCCCCCUGGGCAGGUUCGCCCCAUCGUUCUCUAAUGCUGCUUGAAAACGAUCCCAAUACUGUUCGUCCCCCCGCCUGGUUCUCAGUUUAAUUACUGUGUGUGAAAAUACUAUUUUCUUAAAAGUGUGCGUGUGUGACUAGGCAAGACUUGUACUACUUCCGGCCACCGUACCGCAGUAGACGCGGUAGUGUCCAGUUUUCUGAGAAGCGGAAUUUCCGGCACGGAAAAGCGGCACACCCCCGGCAACAGCGCAGGAUUGGACAGCAGUUGGCGCACGGACGGGACGGCUUUUUUUGGCGUUGGAAGACACACGACGCUCCCAUCUCUCCACCGGAGGCACAGCAAACUCUUGAUGUCUUAAUACUUGAUGUUUCUUGCAUAUUAUUAACGCUUUGAUCACUCAUAUCAACUAGACAACAUUGGCAAAUAGCACAUUAGCAAAUAAGGUAAACCGAGAGAUAGAGAGAGAAUAAAAAGGUAAACGUACAAAAGCACAAUCAAAAACCAAUACAAUAACAUAGCGCGCUAGUGAAGGAGGGGAACGACGACAAACACACAGCAGUGAGCCCCAGCCCCAGCCAAUACACAAAUCAACAUGGUGGACACGCAGCACUUCUGUCUGCGAUGGAACAACUACCAGAGCAGUAUCACGUCGGCCUUCGAAAACCUGCGCGAUGACGAGGACUUUGUGGACGUGACGCUGGCAUGCGACGGUCGCAGCCUCAAGGCGCACCGCGUCGUCCUAUCCGCUUGCAGCACAUACUUCCGCGAGCUACUGAAGAGCACACCAUGCAAACAUCCCGUGAUAGUGCUGCAGGACGUGGCGUUCACGGACCUGCACGCGCUGGUCGAGUUCAUCUACCACGGCGAGGUGAACGUGCAUCAGCGGUCACUGAGCUCCUUCCUGAAGACGGCCGAAAUUUUAAGAGUGUCCGGCCUGACCCAGCAGCAGGCGGAAGAAACGCACGGCAUGCAUGCUUCGCUCGGGGCCAAUCUGCCGUCGGGCGUCGUCCACCAUCCGAUCUACCCGGAGAAGAUGCUGGACGAUUCGCUGUACGUAUCGCAAGGCGCCUCUCCUCCGCCCCACCUGUCCAGCCUGCACAACAGCUCCUCGCCGAACAGUGGGGGAGUGGGCGGCGGCAACAGUAAUGGCGGCGGGGCACCGAUGGUCAACCAGCUGCUGAAGCGGGCGGCGGCCGCGGCAGCGCUCCGGCGGGAACGGAACAACUCCGUCCAUUCGGACGAGAUGGCGCUCAAGCGGCACCGGAUGUCGGUCGACAGCAAUGGGCCAACGAAUCCGCGCGACCACCUGGACGUGAUCUGCAGCACGCCCCAGACGACGGCGACCGACUUCUCGUCGAGCGCGGCCAAGCAGCACCUCAGUUUGCCAUCGCCCCAGGGAAAGGAUCAAAUGCGGCAACAGGACAGCUUAUCCGGUCAUGCCAACAGUGGCAGCAACAGUUUCUCCAUCAACAGCGCGAGUAACUUAAUAAAAAGUAGUAUUAAUAACAAUAACAACAACAUCAACAACAACAACAACUUGAACAACAACCUGUUGCACAGCAAGGAAAACAGUGGCGUCGGCGGCGGCGGCGCGGGCGGGCUGUGCGGUUCCGGCGGCAGCAUGCCCACCUCGCUCGGCACCUCGAACGGCAGCAACGCGGGCAGCCUCUGCUCGGCGGAAAAGGAAAGCCUCGCGUCCUCGCCGUCGGAACGGUCGGCCGAGGACGUGAAGUCGGAACCGCUCGAGCUGCUGUGCGGUACGGGCGGCGAUCACGAAAACAGCUCGGACUCGGUAACGGACGAUCAUGGCGACCUGGUGAAGGGUGGACUGGACGUGAAGGGCUCUUUGCGAUCGCCAAACGACCAUGAGCUUGAGAGCAGUAUGCACCACCACAGCGGGGCACAGUUUCUCAUGAACGCUAGCGAAAAUAAACUCUUUCCCACGCCGCCCUCGUUUAACUUUUCCAUGGCAGCACUAGCGGCAGACCCGUCCGCACUGGCAGGAUUCAGCACACAGGCCCUACAAGCAGUGGAGUUGGCCGGCUCGCCACAGGGCCCAGGAGGCGGCGUCGGCGGCGGUAGUGGUGGAAGCGGUAGCGGCGGCCAAGGAUCACCGUCCGGAUCGGCCGGAUCGCCGUCGCAGCUGAUGCCGUUGCGCAUGCCACCGCCGACGAGCGGCGGCAUUAACGAGCCCCAGGAGUGUCCGUACUGUCGGCGCACCUUCUCCUGCUACUACUCGCUCAAGCGCCACUUCCAGGACAAGCACGAGCAGUCGGACACGCUGUACGUGUGCGAGUUCUGCCAUCGGCGGUACCGGACGAAAAACUCGCUCACCACGCACAAGAGCCUGCAGCACCGGGGGUCGAGCGGCAUGCUCAAGCGGCUGCUCAAAACGUCCGCCAUCAAGACGGUGCUGUCCGGCAAUGGGAGCAACGUCGGGGCCGGCCUGCACCACGGUGCCCAUCCGCAUGCCGCCCAUCCGCAUCUGUUCGAUUUUGCGGCCGAGCUGGGGCAACCGCCACCGGGCAUUCAGUAAACGGGGGGAAUUCAGUGAAACCUCGGACGACGGAUCUACUUCUGAGCCAGAGCCUUCCCCGUACACUCACCCAUCGGCGCACCGUUACAAAGCGCACGUUCCCACGACAGUGUGAGGUUACUACUCGCUCGCUGUUCAAAGGCCAACAAAUCCAAAACAACGGCAAAGGGGUUUGAAAAGGCGGCACCAUCAACGGCAUCACUCCUAGAGACAACCUUGACCCAGCAUCGAUUCAGUCGACUGUUUUUUUUUUUGGAAACAAUUCUCAUAUCACGGGCGAGUUUGUGGAACGACGAUUCCGUUUUCUAAACUUAAGUUCAUGCCAUAUCAAAACGCGUCCAAAGCGCAUAUCAGAACGUUUAGCCGAGCAGAAGGAUAUUGUCCUCCCUAGUCGUUGGCCCAGCAAGCGCACGCUUAGUAAGCAAUCAUCAUGAUGCGAGUGAACUAGUUUUACAUAUCCCCUUUUCCAGUAUUGUGAUCCCUUUUCUGGCAAAUUCUACGGAAAAAGAAGGUUUUAACACGUCACCUCAUCUAUCGCACACACACCAUGUAAGGCGCAGCAAGGUGCAAUAGUUGUUUCGAGUGUUUCGAGAGUGUACACGCAAAACAGAGCGAAAAAGCUCGAAACGAUUCAUUUUAUUGUGUAAUUUUACAUAUCGCGGCAGAGAGGGCGGCAGGUUGGAACAAAGACAUAUUCCAAAUGUGUGUGUGUGGUAAUAGAAGUGUGCCAUAGCCAGUGCGGGAAGAGGUACAUGGGAAAGAUCAACGUUUUCCUAUUUCCCCUCCUUUUCUAACAUGAGCCCAGUGAUUGCUUUAUAGGAUUUGUUUUGCCUUUAACCGGGCACUAUUUAUGCAAACAUAAACGGUCGAUUCAGUUCGGUCAUUCGGCAGGCCGUGAAAAGACGGUCGUUCGCGCAGAACUUAAUUACCGAUUAAAGCGAAACGUGUUUGUGUGUACAGUAGUGUAGUGAGGGCCAGUAGUAAUUCAUAUCAAUUAUUUUACCCGUUUAGUUCGUAAAAAAGCCCUAGCAAUAGAGCACUCGUGCAAUAAAUGGAAAAGCAAGAGCAAAAAAGGUAACGUUUAGACAGGUUUUAGGUUACUUCUUCAUGUACACACACUUAACCCCCCGGGGGGUGCGUUGUGAUUUUAAAAUGUAUGUGGUACAGAUAAGAGCAACUUUCAGUGGAGCGACACGAACGAGCUCCUGCUGCAAGUUCCAGUUUUAAGUUAUGGUGCACAUAUCAUAUCGCAAUGAUUUGAGGAAUUUAAAGCAAACGGGAAGGUUUUAAUGUGAUCUUUCUGUUUUCCGUGUUGUGAUGCGUACGCAGAAUCAAUCGCAUAGGCAGCAGUGUGUGGUAUGCCGUGUGCUGUCCUUUAGUAAUGCCAAACUCUAUUAUUACGCGUACACACUUUCGAUUCCAAAUCGUGGCUGGGAUUUUAGAUAUUUGUAUAGGUUUCCUUCUACUCUCCCGCAGUGUUUACGCGGAUCCAGGAUGUUUCGUGGCCAAAAUGACAAACGGAUGACGGUUGUCGAUGGGGGAAGCUAAGAAGCGAAGGAACGGAGGCACAGCAGGGUGUGGGUUCGAUUGUGCGCAGAGGUCGUCGCGCUCCUCGUAUGCUUAAGGGAGAUCAAGACAAACACGUGAAAACGAAAAACUGUGAUUUUAUGAGAAAAAAAUGUAAUGGAAAAACACAAAAUUUAAUUAUUUAAAAAUGGUUUAUUUUUGCUAAACUCUAAAAACUCUUUGGAAGAAACAACGGAAAACUCUCGAGACACAAGAAAGUUCCAUAAAAAUGGAACACGAACAGCAAAGAACAUCUCCCGGUGGCCGAAAAACUGGAAACUUCUUAGCAAAAUGAAAGAUGUAAAGCAAGCAAACAAACAAACAAAACACUACAAUGUACAAUACUUUGGCAGAGAGACAGGAAGGGGCAGGAGAACAAGAGAACAUAUUAUUAAACAAAUUUUCAAAAGAACUGACUAGAGAAACCCCCAAAAGCAGCAGCAGCUUCUCUGCCCGAGCAGGCAGAGCCUUCACUUAGUCACAUGAAAACACUAGCAAAAUGAGUAAACCGUAGUAGAAAGAAGAACACGGAACACGGGCGGAAGGAACAGCACAAAUACAAAAUUAGGACAAACGUGUGUGGGCUGCCCGACUAUUUGCGGCUGCCCCCCGAUGGUAUUCAUAUAUUUACAUUUCUUCCAUCUACAAGCAGCACUGUCUCUCCUUAGCAAACGAUGUUUUAGUCAAAGAAAAAUGAAAAAAAAAAGAAAUGGAGCAAUGAGUCACGCAACACAAGAUUUAAAUCAUUAUUAAAAACAGAAAGAAAGCAGAUUAUUUGUAAUGUAUGUAGGAUAUAGUUAAGGAAUUAGCAUUUUUAAUAAAACAACACAGCCAACACACGAACGUACAAAACUGAAACAUAUAACACACACACGCGCGCGUGCAUACACAUUGUCGAUGUAAGAGAAGGAGUAUAUCGGAAAGGUUAAUAGAACAGCUAACUCAACACAGUGGCCAUUUCAUUCUACCCGGUUUAUGAAGUGAUCCUAAUUGUAAAAGCGAGAUGUUAAUAGGACCAGUGCACAAUUUAUACGACAGGGAUUUGAAUCACAACAACACAGUAACUACUACUGCUACGGCUACUAGUACUACUACUAAUACACCUACCUACUGCUGCGAAGCCAGAUAAGUAAGUGUACUCUGUUUUCGUCGAUUGAUGUUAGCAACUCUAUAGCUAGUGAAUUUGGCAUUUUGUGACUGGGGCCGCAAGACGAGAUUGAAUCAGCAGCACUACUGUGACACGUGCGUUGUACAUAUUUACUAAGACUACUAAGGAGUUUAACUUAUCGUAUAAUCCAAGGGAAGCGAAACCAGUGUGUUGAGUAAUGAUACAAAGAGAGUGCAUAACUAAAGCAAAACAAUACAAAACAAACACACACGUAUAUAUAUGCAUAGAAAAACCUCAGACAAAAACAAACACAUCAUGGCGAAGAUGAUGGUCAUCCAUCCCUCCCCCAUCCAAACGCACAGUAGGAGAAUGAGGUGUGUGUAUGAAUUUAAAUAUAUUCCGUAUACCAGACCUGCGGGUGUCACAAAUUAUUGCAAUCGGAAAGAAUGAUCUACAAGAUCUGUUACACAUUUAGGUAAUAAUUGUCAAAUUUUUUAAAAAUACUGUCUUUGAAAAUAUCAUCAAAACAAGAAAACGACAAAAAAAAACAACAUAUCUCUAUGCUCAACGGAAAACAAAUGAAACAGGACGAAAGGAAGGGAAUAAACUCAGAAAAGAAAAGAAAACCAAACAAAAAAGAGGUGAAAAUGUGCACCACUGAAAUGCUCCAAACGGGAAUGGGAAAGGAGUUAUGCAGAAUGCAUAACUUUAGGCGAAUGUACAGUGGAGCGUUUGCUGUUCGAGCAACGGCGGGUGAUGGAAGGUGAAGAACCAAAAAUGAAAAAAAAAGAAAAUGUGGAAAGGAGAGUACUAGUUCACAGUAUUAAGAGACUUGUGUCAACAUGUGUUUUAUAACUCUAAAUGUACGAAUUAUUAACUAUUCAAAAGAGAAGGUGAAGAUGACAUUGUAUAGCGACUGGGUGUGAGAUAUCGGAGUAAAGCCUCAGAGUAAAAACACUUGUAAAAUGUUCGAAUUUAUUAACUUGAAACCACGUAGCACAAGGUAUAAAUGAAGCAGAGAGACAAUUUAAAAAAGAGAGAAAAAAAGAGAGAGAAUAUAGAGAGAGAGAGAGAAGAGAGAGAAAUAUAUCAGACAGCUCAAAUGGUAAAACACAGGACAGGAAGAUGCUCUAAGUGUAUGUUCACAACCGAUAGGAAACAAGAAAAGUAUCAAAAAUAGAAGAAAUUACACACACACAAAAAAACACUCAAAAAUAAAUGCAUAACAAAUUAAAAGCGUCAAAACUUUUACCACAAAAGUGAUUCUGCGGCAAGCAAAUACUCAGAUCAAACGCAAUCAAACCUCACUAAACAAGAGGCGCCGUCUUUGUUGAAAGGAUUCAGUAAGCAAACUAAAGGGGAUAAAUUAUAAAUUAUUUGUUUAAAAAAAAAAGCUGCGUGGUUUUGUUUGCCUCCUAUUUAGGACAGCAAUGUGAAGUUGUGAAAUGAAUAGUGAACAUUUGGUUUUAUUGGAACUUGUAAUUGAUCAGUGUUUUUGUUGCACAGAAAAGAAUUAAAAAACAAACAUUUUUAAUUAUUAUUUUCCACCUCUUUCUUUAUUGUUUUAUAAAAUGCUUAUUAACCACUUAUCAAAAUUUUCAAGUAAAGUUGCAAGAUUUACUACUGAAUUUAUAACAUGCUUUGAUAAUUUUUACAAUCAAAAUAGCACACAUUACCAUAUAAAAAAACACAAAAAUGAUUAAAAGUUCAACAAUUUCAUUUCAUGGCUUUGCAUUUUCUGCAUCCCCUAAAUAGUGCAUUGAAAAUUUUAAAAUUAAGUAAAUAUUUCGUUACAUAUCAACAUUUCUGGUAAUUUGUUUUUGUUUGAAAAACUGAAAGCCAUUGUUCCUUAUUAGAAAUCGCUCGAUUUUUGGGGUGCGUGCGUGUAGUCACAAAGCAAAGAACGACCAUCACCGGCACACACACACCGGCACCAGACUGUCAUCUUUUACAUUCCGCUCUGUCUGUCCGUGUGUGUGUCUCUGUGUGUGUGUGUGUGUGCGUGUGCACAAAAAAUGCAUUUAUCGCCCCAGAAGAGCAAAAGUCAAGCUAAGGUAAUGCGUCUAGUUAAGAGUGCGUUUCUUCCAAAUUUCCAAUACAGACGGUUAGGAGGAUGUGUCGUGGGUAGAAUAAUUUAAACAAAAGAGCAACAAAAAAAAUGCCGCUCAAAGGUAUGAUUUUAUGUUUUUCUUCUCUUUUUCAUUCAUCCAUCCCAGUGGUGCGAUGACAAAUCAAGAAGCAAUCAAAAUCAGGGAGUAUGUGUUCGCUCUUGUACGGAAGGGUUGACAGUUAGUACUUUGGUUGUUUUGCUUAGUUGUGUCGUGUAGUGGCACAAAUAAAUAGACAAGUUCCAGUGAACUAUACAAAUAGUCAAUAUACAUACACAACAAUACAUAACAACGCUCCCGGAACACACAUCACUAGUCACAUCGAGAAGCGCAAAUUUACACUACAUUUUAAAUCCAUAAACUUAAUAAAACCAAUCAGCGCAGGUUAAGGAGAUCGAAGGCAUCGACAAGCAGCUAGUAUGGCAUCUCAAGUAUACGCCCAAAUAUAACUAACCGUGUGUGUAUGUGUGUGUGUGGGAUGAAGCCUCAUUAGGACAAAUACAAAUAAGAGAAAAUAGUAAACAUCAAUUCACAUAUAUACAGUGCUCUGGUAAAAACAUUCACAAAGAAUCAAAGACACAUAGAAGCGAAUAUAUGAUACGCUCCCGCUGGUGGACAUAUCCUUCCUAUCAAAUCUUACAGUAUGGCAGCUAAUCUGGCAAACAAAUACAAAAAACGUCUCGUUGGGUUUGCCGCUACGAGCGCAUUUGUUGCACUGGUGUACAUACUUGGACGCGCGUCGUUCCAUUGCAAUUAUCCGUAAAAAUAAAAUUCAAAUCAAAACUACACAAAAAGUACAAUUCGGACGCGCGCCGAUCUGGUCGCUCAGGGAUAGCAAACAAACAAAUGGUCAACUGUUUAAAGUGUUUAAAAAAAUGGCAUCGAAAGCAAAAGAAACCAACAAAAUUAAACCUCCCGGCCAGUUGUGUUGGAAAAGUAUGCUUAAACGGUGAGGGUUUUGAGUUUUUGCAAGCAACGUUUUAGCUCGAUCAAUCAUAGCAUCGCUCAGCAAAUGGAAGAGAAGUAAACAAAAAAAAAAAAAAACAGUUCAAAUGCAACCAAGCUGCCUUUUAACAGAGUACAACCAAGAGCAAAACACGAAAGAGGAAAACAGAGAGAGCGAGAGAGAUGAAGAUGACGAUGAUGACGGUGGUGGUGAGUGCGUUGUGAAACUGAAAACAAAAUGCAAUAUUGGAUCAAUUUCAAGAUUUACGAACAAUACAACAAUGGCAGAAGAGAGAAUGAAUUCAAAGGACAGGAACCAAAGGAACCAAGCACAGAGCAAAAGUAAUAGCAAACAUAAAUAGCAAAACCCAACAAAAUCUUAAUGAAAAACAAGAACGAAAUACCUCAAUGAGCUCUAAGUAGAACUACUAAUGCUAAUUAAACUACAGUCAUGAAAACCGAACGAUGGAUACAGAAUAGAAGAAAAAGAAGGUAUAAGAAUGGCACAAUAAUACUAUUCUCUCGGAACAAACAGUAAAGGUAAAGAGGUUCAAAUGCAAAGCAAGGUAACGUUUUGUUGUUUGCAAAAGAAAGCAAAAGCUAAUGCAACCAUACAAUCCCCUUUCUCCAUUGAUGGACGCAAUUUAUGAGAAAGAUGAAUUGAAAAAAAAAAACAAUACAUAAGUAACAUAAUCAUUACUCACACACACACAUACAUCCAUAAAAAAAAACAAAAUGUAAAUGAGCUGAGAUUGUACAAGAAGGUAUGAGAAGUAGUAGCAGCAGCAGCACACGGAAUACAGAGGUCUCUCUUUGUGUGCCAAGGAAAAAUAUAUUCUGUCAAUAUAUUUAUAUCAAGCUCGCGCGAGAAGUCGCGCGGUAUAUGUGAAAAUAUACGAGAUCGAGUUUAAAAAAGGCAACCUUACUAAUUAAAGCCCACAUGCCCGCGGUACACGGGCAGAAGAAUACUUACGUUUAGGGUACUUCUUUAGCUAGGGAUUGGUGAUGAGCAAUAAGCAAGUAGAGGAGCCAGCAAGCGAGGCACCGAUAAGAUGGGCGGUGGUGAAGAAGAUGGAGCAGAAAGGUACGAUCUUCAUUCUCUCUAUUAACGAAGCAAACAAAACACUACCCUCUACCCCUGUACACACGUGCAACGGUACCGUGGGAUGAAUGGAAAGUGCUUGUGGAAAGCAUUUUCCCUCCUGUCUUCGUUGAUCAUAUCCGUAGAUGUGUUUUCUGCAUCAAAUUUAGUAUGUAAGGUUCAAAGUGCGGUAAUGAGAGGGAAAACACACACACACAUACAAACGCGAAAGCGAAGACAGUGGACAGUGAAUUGAAAAUAUUAGCAUCAUCAUUUACAUCACAACUGUACGGGGGGAAUGCGUUGAUCCCGGGUACACACGAGGAGUUAGUUGAACUACUUCCGGGUGGAAACUGGGCAAGAGAGAAGGGCCAACAACGCCUUUCCGAAUACUAUGAGCCGCUCUGUCUGGACCAGAGUAUACACUACUAUACAAAGGCACUUUUCAAACUCGCCAACACUUGCGAGGUUCCGACAGCGACGAGGAAUUAAGGAAAUAUAAAAA